UAGCACUUGGUGGUGAGUGUAUUUGUGCAAUUUCAUUUUGUUGUUUGUUUUCAAGCAAAAAAUCAGUUUGAAAUCAGAGUCAUGGAGAAGGAAUUGGACAAAGUAGUCGAGGAGAUAAUGUCGACGCCUAACGUAAGUGGGUGUUUAGUGGCGGACCACCAGGGUUUGUGUCUGGCGGCGAAGGGGACUGCCCACGUAGACUCCGCGGGGAUCAUCGUAGCGAUAUCGGAGCAGGCGUGCAAGAUACAGCCGAACCUGAAGCCACCCACCGUCUGUCUGGAGACGGAAAAGAAGCAGUGCCUGAUCCAGCGGCACGGGACCAUCACUGGGGCGAUAUAUAAAGACAAAGCAUGAUGAAAAUAAGAAUAUUCAAGUAAGACUGA